UGUGUGCUUGGAGCAGGCAGGCUGUGUAGUGAGUGCUGUGUGGUACUGUAGGGUAGACAGACAGCGCCUCUCUCCCUCUCUCUUUCUCGUCUGCUGGAGGAGCCGGCUGCCUCACUCCCUCUCUCCCUCGCUGGCCAUGCUGUCGCUAGCCUCAACAGCCCGGACUAGCUGAUUGACAGACACUGGGAUUUAUUCUAUCUUUCAUCUCUGAAAAGAGAGUGAGGUGCCCAGGGGAUAGGAGAGGGGGAGGAGAGGAAGAUAGGAGUUUUUUGGGAAAGACAGAGCUGACAUACUUUUAAGGAUUGUUCACCCAGUGCCAGACGACCUCACCCCUGAGGAGCAGCAUGAACUGGAAAACAUCCGCCGGCGCAAGCAAGAACUGCUGGAAGACAUUCAGCGUCUGAAGAAUGAGAUAGCAGAAGUGACCAGUGAGAUUGAGAAUCUGGGUUCCACUGAGGAGAGGAAAAACAUGCAGAGGAAUAAACAAGUGGCCAUGGGCCGAAAGAAAUUCAACAUGGACCCUAAAAAGGGGAUUAAGUUCCUGAUCGAGAACGACCUGCUGAAGCACACUAGUGAUGACAUCGCCCAGUUCCUGUACAAGGGGGAGGGGCUAAACAAGACUGCCAUCGGAGACUACCUUGGGGAGAGAGAUGAGUUCAACCUCCAGGUCCUCCAUGACUUUGUGGAGCUCCAUGAAUUCACCGACCUGAACCUGGUCCAGGCCCUGAGACAGUUCCUGUGGAGCUUCCGGCUGCCUGGCGAGGCCCAGAAGAUCGACCGCAUGAUGGAGGCUUUCGCCCAGAGAUACUGCCAGUGCAACCCUGGUGUCUUCCAGUCCACAGACACCUGUUACAUCCUGUCGUUUGCCAUCAUCAUGCUGAACACCAGCCUCCACAACCCCAACGUGAAGGACAAGCCGGCAGUGGAGCGCUUCAUCUCCAUGAACAGAGGAAUCAACGAUGGAGGAGACCUUCCAGAGGACCUGCUCAGGAACCUGUAUGACAGCAUCAAGAACGAGCCCUUCAAAAUCCCUGAGGACGACGGGAACGAUCUCACACACACCUUCUUUAACCCAGACCGGGAAGGCUGGCUGCUUAAACUGGGAGGACGCGUCAAAACCUGGAAGAGAAGAUGGUUCAUUCUCACGGACAACUGUCUGUAUUACUUUGAGUACACCACUGACAAAGAGCCCAGAGGGAUCAUUCCACUGGAGAACCUCAGCAUCCGGGAGGUGGAGGACAAGAAGCCUAACUGCUUUGAGCUCUUCAUCCCAGAGAACAAGGACCAGGUGAUCAAGGCCUGUAAGACGGAGGCGGACGGCAGAGUGGUGGAGGGGAACCACACCUUCUACAGGAUCUCUGCUCCCACCACUGAGGAGAAGGACGAGUGGAUGAACAGCAUCAAAGCUGCCAUCAGCAGGGAUCCCUUCUAUGAGAUGCUGGCCACCCGCAAGAAGAAGGUCUCCUCCAUGAAGCGACACUAGAGCUGCUCAGGACUCCUCCUCUUCCCCCCGUUGAGAGAGUUUGGACCGAUCCUGCUGAGACCCUGAGACUUGUGCUUUCAGGCCUGGGGACGGGGUUGGGGCUGGGGCUGCAGACUAGGGGCUGGGGCCUCUGGCCACGGUCAGCAUUUCUCUGGGAUAGGCUCUAGCUUUGGGAUUCUACAGGCCAACCAACAGGACAGGGAGCAUGCUGGGUAGCUGAGUUUUUUUCAGAACCAGGAGCCAAAGCCUCCCCCUCCUAAUCUUCCCCCUGCUCCUGUCUCUGUCGCUGAAUGCCCACUAUCUCUCUCUCAGCUCUGUGUAUUUUGGGAGGAGGGGGUCUAUCGCUCUUUGGGUGAAAUGGAUCCCCUCCCUCAAAAAGACACGUGCACACACACACAUACUGAACUCAUACUCUCACACACACCAAUGUCGUACACUGAACUCAUACGCAUACGCAUAUGCGCGCACACACACACACACACACACACACACCUUAUCUAAACUCAGCAGGUCUGAUGGAGUUGUUGUGGCAUCCCAACCAAAAUAUUCUUACUAGCUUUCAAAAAGAAAGGUGAGAUGCUUUUCUGUGUGCUUUAAUAAGAUGGGCAACGUGUGUGUUUGUAAAGCUUACUACUGUAUAUAUUUCCCUCAGAAUCUUGAGCUUUUGGGUUUUAGUUUUUGAUAACAUUUUUAGAAAGACUGAGGGGGAAUGGGUUAUAUUGCCAACCGAUUUGAGAUUUUUUUUAGAAAACGAGAGAACUUUUUUUGAAGUCUUUCUGUCAAAGUUGCCUCAGGAGAUUGUUACUUUGCUCUGGAUCGGUCUGUAUCAGGAUAAACUUAGAGAUUACAGUUCAUAAACUUAGACUCUGUCCAAACUGUCACUCAGUAACCGAAGGAGAGUUAAUUUACAGUGAACAUGUUUGCCAUUUCUUUUGCAUUUAUGUGCACAUAAUCUGUGACAAUAAUUGAACUUUGACAGCUAUAUUCCUCCAUACCUGUUUGCCCCUGAACCUUUGUUCUUCAUAUGUAACCGCAGUUGUAUGACAGCAGUUUGGACGCGCUAACUUUGUUGUAAAAACACACUCAGAAACACGGUUGUUAAACACAGGGUCGUGUUCAUUAGGCACCGAAACGGAAGAACACGGACUGAAACAGGUGGGGACUACCUUGACUUCUCCAAUAAGAUGUGCUCGUUUUUGUUUUCCAUUGCAACAGGUUUUCCGUUGUGUGCCCUAAUGAACACUACCCUGAUGUGUGGUUUGCACAGGGUCUUAUUGUGGGAUUAUGGGCUAGGGCUCAGCUAUCGCUCUUCAUUUCCUGUUGGACUUGGAGGUCCAUUCAGGGGACUAGAGAGUCUGUUGGAGAGAGUGUAUGUGUGUCUGUCAUUCAGUACGGGGCGCAACUCAGCGGCUCACAGAGAUUUGAGGUGUCUGGAAACUGAGGUAUUGUCCUCAUCUGCCCCAUCCCUCUAUUCUGUCCUCUCUCUCUCUCUCUCUCUCUCUCUCUCUCUCUCUCUCUCUCUCUCUCUCUCUCUCGCUAGCUGUAACAUACACAGAAGAUAAUUUUAUGCUAUUCUUUGUCAUUGUCCACCUGACACUCCCAAUUAAAUGUGUCCUAUCAUGCUGCUGGUUAGCUAAUUCACAAAGACAGUCUUUCUCAGUCGAGCUGGUUAUUUUUACCUCUUAAAUGCAACAAAUAUGCCCUCACCUAUCUUUUUAUCCCAUAGGAGCACUCUUAAAUGUCCUUCCUCAUUUGUAGAUACAGUAUAAAAUGCUAGAACAAUCCAGGUUUCACCUUCUUCAACCCACCCUCACCAUCAUAAAGCAUUGUAAAAAAACAAAAUACAUUGGAAUAGCUCUCUCACUUAUUUGAAAUAGGCUGUUGCAUCCUUUACUGUACAUUUACAUUACAUUUACGUCAUUUAGCAGAUGCUCUUAUCCAGAGCGACUUACAAAUAGAACUAGGAAGACAGUAAUAAUACCAGUAAGAUGAACAACAAUAUUAUUGUUGUGGAUGCUUUCGGGCCGUUCCAGUUAAGCAACAACGCUCGCCAGUUCAAGUGGAUUGUCCGUUCCUGGAAUUGGAACACCCCGGAAUGUUUGUUGGAUUGGAUUUGAGACAAAACACAGCUGUUGAUCAGGAAUGUACCACUACGCACCAUAGUGGUGGAACUACUCUGAUCAGGAAUGUACCACUACGCACCAUAGUGGUGGAACUACUCUGAUCAGGAAUGUACAAUUACGCACCAUAGCGGUGGAACUACUCUGAUCAGGAAUGUACCACUACGCACCAUAGCGGUGGAACUACUCUCCCAGCGCAAGACCGCUCAAGUCCAAAUCUGUCAGCACUCAUAAUGUAAACUCCAGAUGUGGCAUAAUUUACUAUAAUUUGGAAUAUAUUAUUUGUUUUUAAACGGAAAUGUACAUGGCAUCACAAUUCCAUCCAGUUUACUGCAAAUGCAGCUUUAUUUGUGCAUAAAGCCUUCUCUACUCCGUGAUCAGUGCCUGGCUGUCUGUUAUUCAUAUGUUUUUCCUCAUUUAUGGAGGCAAAUUCAUGCCAAAAAUAAAGAAGCAUUGAUAUUGACAAAUUAUUAAUCAGUAUUAGUUUUAUUUCAAUGUUGUUUUUUUGCCAAGAAUCUGCUUCCAUAGCUCCAUAGCACAUCGCCCUGUUUUCCUGGUUAGUUUUCCCUAGCCUUGUCUCAGCGGACUGAUCAUAGAGAUAACAGGGAAAGCAAAUAAAACAAUCAUAAAUCUAGACAGAAUUUGGUUAUUGGUUAUUUAGCAAGAUUGUAUAUACUUAAAUGUAUAGUGGGUUUAUCUGUUUUUUCAUGUCAUUUUGGAGUUUUAAUCUAGCAAUAUGCUAUUAUUAUUAUUAGCCAUUUUUCUAUUUGUUUUGUUUCAUAGUGUUUGAUUUGAGGUUUCUAUUAUUGCCAUGUAAUCAAAAGGUGAAAUAAAGUAAAGACAAACUUGUCA